AUAUCAACAAGCCGGCGUACGCGUCGAUUGUUACUAAUGCUCGAGUGCUCGCCGGUGAAAGGCGCACCUCGGCCGCACGCGCUUCACACCAGCUUACACAUCAACUUCAACAACUUAUCGGACGCUACCGACCAGAGUAAAGUGCUUCUACUGCGACAUAAAUACGUUAAAUCGUUAAAAGUGUGUCUUUACUGCUAAAUGUGCGAAUUUAACCUUAUUAAACUCAUAUAAUCAUCAUUAUGAAGUUAUUAUUAAAAGUGUUAAUCAGUGUUCUACUGGUGACAAUCUGCGUGACCGCAGUGCGCAGCGUUGAUGAUCAGGGUGGAGAUAAUGAUAGCGAACAGAUUAAGACAGGCUCCGUCGUUGAUGAUGACUUAAGUUACGCGGAGAGCGUGCGAAAUGUGCGACUAAUCGAUGAUGGCGAGCAAUGGCAUGGCGUUCAAAGGAUCCAAAACGAAGACGAGCGACCACAAGAGACGCGACCCCAAAAACGACGGCGAUUGCGAAAGAGAAAACGCCGGCCACAGCAUAUGGUCCAAGAUGACCAAGGGGAGAUUCAAAUCGUACGCCCACGUCGGCGACGACCAGUGAGACUUGAUGAGGUGGACGAUGGCUGGAAAGAAAUGGAAACUGAAGUUCCACAAAGACCUUACUCUCGAAGAAGGGUAGGUCCCAUUUAUCAGGAAGAACCAACAAUUAAACAAGAACAACCUCCACAGUCAACAGCUAAAUAUGAUUCGUUAACAACAGAACAUACCACAUCUUUGAAAGAUAUCAAAGAUAUUCUGAAACAAACUGGCGGGUUAAGUCUCAGUGAAAUUUUACUCCAGAAAAAUUUAACUCUGAAUGAUUUACUCCGCGGUAAUCAGAAUGCGAUUUCAGCGUUGAGCGAAAGACCUGUUCAGAGUAUUACAGAAAAAAUAGAUAAUGUGGAACCUAUCAGAGAAGUACCAGCUCCUCUUUUACAAGAAACAAUUUCGGAAGCCACGAGAAAAGAUGAACAAAGAAAAAGAUUUUCGCAGUUGUACAAUCAAGAGAAUAAAAUCUACAGUGACCUUACCACGAAAUACGAAGUUGUAACUGAAGCUACAACGGAGAAAAGAAUUUUUGUUCCAUCACAUCCCAAAUAUUACACCAGUGUAAACUUUAAACCAGAAUUUGAACUUGUAACGGAUGCUCCUAAGCGCACCACAUUAAAACUACCAAUGACCAGUGCCCAAUUGAACAUGAAGAUUAAAAAGGUUGAUACUAAACUAAUUGAAAAACCAGUCCCUAUACCACUUAGUGAUGUUUUAAACUAUCCACAAGAGAUACCCGUGCAAACAACCAGUAAAGGACCACUUAAGAUGUCCUUUGAUUUGGAAGAACUACCUGAACAGAAUGUGGUCAUCCCAGAUCAGAGUACCACGAUAAGAUUCGUGGAAUUGACCACUGAACCAAUCACAACUACCACACCAUUGAGCACAUCUUUACCUCCUGCACCGGAAGUGGAGUUGAUAGAGGUGGAAAAUUCAAAUAAUUCUCCGAUAAGCGAAAAGUUGACAACUACUCAAAGGCUUUACAAAAAAUAUACAACUACUACUAAACCUACAACCACCACCACAACAACAACUACAACAACGUCACUUCCUAAAAAGGUGACUGUAAGUGCAAAAGAUGAAAUCAUGGAGAUAAUGAGGAACAGUGACGUAAAAGAGGAAUUAGAAGAGUUGUUAACUUCCAGGAACAUGACUGUACAACAAUUGGUGGAACAACGUGAGCGUGGAUCCAGUCAGCGACAUCUCGCGGAAAUCUUCCAUAAUAAGACCAAAGAACCGGAAGCUAUUGAAGUGGUAGAAACAGUUAAAACAAUCAAAAACUUCAAAACACCUAUUUUAGAGUUUUCUAGUACAAACAGAAAACCUAAGGUUAUUAGUACAACAACUACUACGACAACAACUACAACAACCACAACAUCCCCACCACCUACUACCAUAGCAUCAAAACCCCUUGAAGAUGUAAACAUGUCAAGUGAAGAAAUAAUCACCUCCGAAAAACUCCCAAGCACAAGUUUCCCAACGUAUAAAAUCGAAACAAAUAAAAUAUCCAAAGAAAUUCCACCACUACAUAUACCAAUCUGGAAGACAAUUUACCCGAGUAUUUAUAUAGAAUCCGAGCACAACGAUAAAAAACUAGAACUGGAUGCAAUUGAGCAAUCAAUCCAGCAAGCAGUCGAUGAAGGUCUUAAUGAACUAUCACGAACGAAUAACAAUCUAAAUGAGUACGAUGAUUACAUCCAACUUCCAAUUGGUGUAAAAUCAGCGAUUUUCGCCUCCCUGGCCAUCAUUGGCAUGUCACUAGUGCUGUUCCUGACGAUUUUAGUCGUCUUCCGAUGGUCACAAAAGCAUAAAAAGCGUUUGUGCUACGGAAGCAAUACGAGCGGAGGGUUUACGUGCUCCAAGAUAAAAUCGCCCAUUUUGCAGCACGAGCCGAAGCGCACGAUUCGCACGUUCGUCUCGGAGACGCUCGGUAAGCGACGGAAUUUCUACGCGCAACAUUUCAGACAGAGUAUGUCCGAUUCAUGGGAGAGCAACGAGCGGCCUUAUCAGUAAAUCAACGUCAUAUUUUAUCUAAUCAUCACACUCGUGUGAUUCGUGUGCAAUAUUUAUAAGAACCAGUCAUUGUAAAUAUCGAAAAAUCAACAAAAGAUGCUAAUUUUUCAUAUGUGUAGACUUAAACUCGAGGAAAUGUUAUUGUUGUUCAAUGUAUAUUAUAUUUUUAUAGCGAUAAAUAAAUAUUUAAGUAUUUUGA